AGUCGUAGUCGUCGUCUUCGUCGUCGUAGUCACGAGGAACCGGUUCCUCCGAGCUUAACUCCCUCACAAAUGAAUCUCCUUUUCUGUCGUUCUUAUAAUAUCGCUUUAAGAAAUAUCACACGCUGUGGGAAAAAUAGAAAAUUAUUUUCUAAAUUUGUUUAAAAAAGUUUUACAAAGAAUUUUAAUAUCUCGAUACGUGUGUUUGUGUGUGUUUUCGUAUGAAGGUGUUUACAUUAUGAAAAAAAGAAGAGACACACACACGCACGUGCAGGUAUAUUUGACAAUGAACGAAUGUCCAUGAAAUCGAAUGAACAAUGAAUAUAUGAAUGACACUGAAUGAACAAAAUAUUUAUAUAUGAGAGAAAGAAAGAGAGAGAGAGAGAGAGAAAGAUAAAUUCAUCUAUUUCUAAUUUCUUUCUAAUGAAAAUCUAAAGACAUAUAUAUACGUAUACGUGUUACAAAAAAUUUAUAUAAACAGAUUCAUAUAUACAUAUAUACAUAUCCUAAAUACGUGAAACAGAGAGAGAGAGAAAGAGAAAUAUAUACAUAACUUCUCCUAAUCAUUCCUACUACGUAAGGAAAUACAUUCAUAACGUAAGAUAGAAAGAGAGAAAGAAAGAAAAAGAGAGAGAGAGAAGAAGUUAAGUUAGUUCAACUACGAGAAGGAGAUAGAGAGAGAGAGAGAGAGAAAGAAAGAAAUAGAAAGAAAGAUAGAAGAUCUUAUGCAUACAGUAUAAACAGACUUAUACGUGUUUACGUACGUACAAGUGCGUGAAAAAGACAUAGAGAGAGAGAGAGAGAGAAAGAGAGAAAGAGAGAGAAAAAGAGAGAAACAGAAACGUCCCACGCCGAGGUCGAGUAAAGUCUCGAAGGUAGGGAAUCGGCGUUCUCCAUAAGCUGAAGAGUGAACAGAGAGAGAGAGAGAGAGAGAGAGAAAGAGAGGAGAGAAGAGAGAAGAGAGAAGAGAGACCUCGUUCAGAAAGAAAGAGAGAGAGAGAAUGAGAUAGAGAGGUGGAGAGAGUCAUCGUGUUUGGUCACUAGGGCCCGCGAGUUGGCCGCAAUGCCACAUCGACGUGCGAUAUCGAGCAGAGAACAUCAGUGAAACACACGCCUCUUCCUGCGGAACGGAGCUUGGAAAGCAACAAAGAGAGGGAGAGAGAAAAAGAGAGGAAGGAGAACAAGAGGAAGAGAACGGUAGAGAAGAGAAGAGGACCAACUAGAGAAAAAGAAAGAAAGAAAACAGUGAGACAGAGAUAUAACAAUAAAGAAACAAGUCAGAGAAGAUCUUUUUUAUAUCUAUUUUUUGUUUUUUCGUCUUUUUACAUGUAAUUCUCGUGGUAUCGACAAUAGCGUUUCUUUCGAGUAAUUAAACUGAACGAUUCGUAUUGCGAUAAAAGCAAAUUAAACGUGAAAACAAGUGCGAUAAAAAGUAACAUAAUUGUCUUUCGUUGAUCGAAAAAAAAGAAACAAAAAUAAGAAGAGAAGAAAAGAGACAAGAAUAAAAAUAUAAAGCGAGCUUUACGAAGUUAGCGAGGCGUAGGAGGAGAUAACUGAUCUAUUUAUAGAUAAUUAUCUCGAUUGUUUUCGAAAUUAUUUUCCAUAAUAUCCGAAGGAUAGAAGAUCGCGAUAGAUCCAAUCAGAUCUUGCAUAAUUACGUAUAAAUCCAAGUGGUAAGGAUGACUAUACAUCGUAAGAAAGAUUCAACGGGGACCGUCCGUGGGACAAAAGAUGGCGACGAAAGGACGAUAACGUCAUCCAGUCGAAAUAAUACAGGAGAGAUACAGGCAUCUACGAGUGUUGUUGAGACAGUGGUAUUGUCUUCCAGUAGCGUUCUCGAAGAAGCAAAAAAAACAAUUGUAGAGAGCGAAUCCAGGAGUAGCAUCGUUGAAAGUAGCAAUACGAGUCGCGAGGUUAUCAUGGAUUCUAAAGGUAACGUCAUACGUGUGAUCGAGACAACGUCACCGAAAUCGGCAACGAAAAGUUUGACCGAAAGAACCGGGAAAAGUUGUGAGGAUUUUAUUAACGCAGAAAAGAUUACGACUAAACAACAUGGGAAGACGUUUGUACAAGAUCAAAGAUCCGAAAGUCAACGCGAAAGAUCCGAAAUGUUGUCCUCCUCGACUAGCGAGAUACACGAGACGAUGGAUCGUCACGGUGAUAUCCAAGUGUCCUCGUCAAGUUCGAUAGAAACCAGACAAGCUAGCCAAGAAUCGAAAGAAGAAAUAACGAAGAACGGGGAUACCAUCAGCAACGUCAAAACGGUCAAAGAAUCGGCCGAGAUGAUCGACGAUAACGGGAAAAUACUGUCGUCUAAGAGUCGAAGCGUUGAAAAUGAAACGAAAUUUUUACCGGGCGAACCACAACGGGCACGUGUUGUUAAAUUUACCGAUGAUGUCAGGGAGGCAGGUGAAAGUACCGUCCUUGAUACCUCGAAUAAAUCGGCACAAUCUAACGUUUGGGACGGUACAUUUGUGCAGGAACGUAGCAAGCCGUAUAACGUCAGAAAAAAUGAAAAUAUAAUGAUUGCCAACGUAUUGGACAGUGGAACGAUUAACGAAAGAGAUGUCGGGACAGGCAUUGAAAUCACCAACGAGCAAAGUUCGAAUACCAUGAGAGAGAUGUCCUCGAUAAUUCAGCAUACGUCGAAGGACAGUUCGAAAUUAUUAAUCGGUACUGCCGAUGUUCGUCGUAAGAAACUUGGUGAUUCUGCUUGGGAUGGUAAUUUCGUUUAUGAGAAACCUAGCGAUACGAAAAGAAGAGGUAACAUGUCGGACAGCAGUGUUUUUAGGCAUAACAAUCAGGACGAUAUAAUCGAAUCGACGCAAAGAAGUGAUUACAAAGAAAAAAGUUUAGAUGGUACGUAUGAAAAAGAAUCGUCUAACGUCGUACAUGUUCGUGAAGGAUCGACCGAUACAUCGAGAUUUAUCUCGGAAGAGAAAACGAGUAGUUCGAAGGAAAGUCAAAUUUAUACGGAUCAGUCGAAGCUCUUAUCGAAAACCAAUGAUACCGAUAAAAAUGUUCAAUUAGAUAACAAACGAGGUAUCGAUAAAACCGUUGUUAGAAGAAACGACAAAUUACGAGAUGUAAUUGACGUUCAAGAUGUAUCGGAUGAGCAACAAAGUCUAUCGAACAUGUCCGAAUUCGUGUCGACCUCUUACGUGGUCGAAUACGCGAGUUCGAGCGACGCUAAAAACAUCGAAUUGGUAAGUUCGGUAUCGGAAACGAUUCACGAGGAAGACGUUGAGAAUGUAGGUGUUACAAGAUCGUCGUCGAUUAAAAAGGAUCGAAGUUACAAGCCUGGCGAAUCGACCUGGGACGGUAGUUUCGUUUACGAAAGAUCACCGAAGUUGGAUCCUCGACGAAGACCAGCUGACGAGACGUUUGUAAUUCGUGACGUAAGUGAGGAUCAUUCGAUAAACGAAGCUGACAUUUCAACGACAUCUUACAUAGUCGAACAUUCCUCGAGUCAACAGAGUUUCACCGAUAUUAAGGACAGUUCAUCAUUGGAAACUAUUGUUCAUCAGAGUCCUCAAAGGUUAAUUGGUAAGCCCGGUUCAUCCAGUUGGGACGGUACAUUUGUUUUCGAGAAACCCGAGGACGUAAAAAGAUCAUCUAGUAGAAUCGAACAGAAACAGAAGGUCAGUGAUUUAUCGAAACGAGGGGAAACUAAUGUUAGUAUUUCAUUGGAGGACAGGCCUAGGAAACACGUGAGCGACGUUACUCUCGAUAUUCACGAUAGAAGAACAUCGGAGACAUUUAGCGACACGCUAGUUAAGACGAAAAGUCAUGACAGUUACUACAGCGACUCGUCCAACCUUGAUUUCUCUACUACUUCCGUUGAAACGGUCGUUCAACGAGAUGGACAACAACCGGUGACGUCGAGUCAACGAACUAUUACGUUCGAAGAUCGACCUGAAACUCCCGACACUGGAAUAAGACAUACUACUGAGAAAUCGAAGGAAUCAUUGCAUGUUCAAGAUAGAACAUAUCGACCUAGUAAGCCAGGCUCGUCAACAUGGGAUGGUUCGUUCGUUUAUGAAAAAUUGGAUGAUAGGAAAACGUCAAGUUCGAUGAUCAUGAAGGAUAGUAAAGACUUUGUUAGCUCCACCGAAGUAAGAACAUCAACGAGUGAAAUUGUUGACUCAUCGAAAACUAUUGAAGAUAUUACCAGUGAUAAGAAACAUCUGAAGGAACUUAAUGGACCUCAGAGUCCGAUCGAUAGAUCGACUCGACCUUUGAAAUCUGGUAUCUCAACUUGCGAUGAUUCUUUUGUUCACGAUAAAAAUAUAUCAAGUUUAGACUCGAGAACUUCGGUUACUUUGAAAGAUAUUUCCGAAGAUUUAACCAGUUCAACAAAAGUUAGAACUACUACGAGUGAGAUCAUCGAUUCUAUCGAUUCCUCGAAGAUAGUUCAAGAUAUUUCUGAUGAAAAAAGAUUAAUCAAAGAAUCUGAAGGAUUUGAAGAUACAGAUAAAAGAGCUAAAAGUCCAGAAAAGAAAUCAAUAGAUAGAACGAUUCGACCUUCAAAGCCUGGUGCUUCAACCUGGGAUGGUUCGUUUGUUUAUGAAAAACCUCAGGAGUCUAAAAAGAAGCCAACAGAGACUGAAAAAUCUUUAUUCUCUUCUCCCGAUCAAAAAAAGCCUGUAGAUGUCAAGCCAAUUUCACGAACACCUGUUGAUCAAGAAAUGAUCGAUAAAUCGAUCGAAAGAACAACGUUUUCGACUUUUGUGGAGGAUGUUAGAAAUGUCCAGGACAUUACCGACGUUACUGAUAUUACCACGUUCAAAUCAGAUUUAAAGGAUAUUAAAAACAUCACUGACGUCACCGAUGUCACCAUGUUCAAGUCUGACGUUCGAGAUAUCCACGAGGAACAUGUCAUCAGCGAGUUUAUCACGGAUUUACGCAAGGACAUUGUGAGAGAUGUCACAAAAUCAACGAAAGAAUUUAUCGACACAGAGCAGGUGACUAGUAUGGUAGCUCGAGAUGUCGUCGACGAUACUCAGUUCGAGAAGAUCACCAGCUCAACUCCUAAAUCAACGACCGAUUCACCGAGAAAAACAUCCCCAGAAAGACUUGGUUAUCCUCAAGGAAUACCAGGAAUUAGGGAAGACGAUCGAACGAAAUCGAUUCCAGCUGCUGGAAAACCAUCUCGUCCUCAGCAACCAGAAAAAACUCCUACAGAUGAUUUCAAAAAGCCAACCAGCGAAAAACCACGAGAUUACGUCUCACCAACGAGAAAGCAGCAACCAAUACCAGCAGCUGGGAAACCAAGCAGACCGGAAGAAAGAUCGCCAAGUCCAGAGAAGAUUGGAAAAGUUGGAAAAUUGUUGAUUCGUCCAGACGAAGAUAAACCGAUUGAAGGCAAAUCCAGUCGUCCAGAGGAUAGACCAGCUGCAGGGAAACCCAGUCGUCCCGAUGAAAAAUCAACUGUAAUCAAACCCAGUCGUCCUGAUGAAACUUAUGAAAGGCCAGCUGCAGGGAAACCCAGUCGUCCCGACGAAAAAUCAACUGUAAUCAAACCCAGUCGUCCUGAUGAAACUUAUGAAAGGCCAGCUGCAGGGAAACCCAGUCGUCCCGAUGAAAAAUCAACUGUAAUCAAACCCAGUCGUCCUGAUGAAACUUAUGAAAGGCCAGCUGCAGGGAAACCUAGUCGUCCCGAUGAAAAAUCAACUGUAAUCAAACCCAGUCGUCCUGAUGAAAUUUAUGAAAGGCCAGCUGCAGGGAAACCUAGUCGUCCCGAUGAAAAAUCAACUGUAAUCAAACCCAGUCGUCCUGAUGAAACUUAUGAAAGGCCAGCUGCAGGGAAACCUAGUCGUCCCGAUGAAAAAUCAACUGUAAUCAAACCCAGUCGUCCUGAUGAAACUUAUGAAAGGCCAGCUGCAGGGAAACCUAGUCGUCCCGAUGAAAAAUCAACUGUAAUCAAACCCAGUCGUCCUGAUGAAAGAUCAACUAUAGAAAAACCCAGUUAUUUUGAUGAACCUGAUGAAAGAUCACCUGAAAGCAAACCCAUUCGUCCAGAGCAUAGACCAGCUGCAGGAAAACCCAGUCGACCAGUUACAGACAAAUUCAGUCAUUUUGAUGAACCUGAUGAUAUAUCAAUUGAAGAUAAACCCAGUUAUCCCGAUGAAAGACCGGCUGCAGGCAAACCCAGUCAAUCUGAUGAAAAAUCAAUUAUAGGAAAAUUCGAUCGUCCGGACGAAAAACUAGGAAAACAUAGACGUGGUGAUCAAUCACCGGAUUCUCUUGCUGAAUCAGAAAUAACCCCAACACCAUCAGAAAUUCUUUCGCGUAUACCAUUAAAGGAACAGUGCAUCUGUGAACUCUGUACUUGUGGACGACAUCGUUGUCCGCAUAAUCUCCCCGAAGAUCAUUUAGAUAUUUCACGCGAUGAGCCAGUAUACACAGUCAGUUCAUAUCGUGAAGAAUUUGAUGAGAAACACGUGGAGAGACAGCACAGAUACCACCAUGAAGAUCAUUUACACAUGGAGGGUGAAUUUGUAGGAGAGAGACGUAGCGAUUACGUGGCCACUUAUGGCGAGAGAGCACCUGUAAGAAAACCACAAGACCAUCUGAAACCUGAGGGUGAGUUUAUUGGAAGGCCAAAGAUAGAAGCACCAACCCGAGGUGAAAGGGCACCAACCAGAAAGCCACAGGACAAUCUUAAACCAGAAGGUGAAUUUAUUGGAAGGCCACAUGAGGAAGCUCCUAAAUAUGGCGAACGUGUUCCAGUUGUUAAACCAAAAGACAAUCUCAGACCUGAAGGCGAUUUUGAAAGUGUGACAACAACAGAGCUGGUGUUCACCGGGGUACCCGGCGAACGGCCAAGCCCAGUACGUCGAAAUACAUAUACUAAGGUUGAAGGUGAAUUCAUUGAUGAAACAACAACGAGAUCAGAAUAUAUUGAUCAUCGUAGCAUCCAACGUGCGGAGAUUAUUAAACGUACGGAUAACCUCACCGUAGGAGAGGGUGAAUUCACGGGAACCUCCCAUUUGAAAGAGGAUUUCCAUAAGUAUGAUGUCGUUGAACGUGAGCCAAGACGUCGUCCAAUUUAUACAGAAGAAGAUGACAGAUUUUACAGCAAGACUGAUGUUGUUGAGAGUACGACUACUACACAGGAAGAAUAUAAAACAUUCGAUGAAGUUGAUUACAUUAGUACUACGAUUCUGAGACGUGACGAUAAUUUAAGAUCGGAAGGACCGUUCGAAUGGACAUCACAUGUAAAAGAUGAUUACAUCGUGCCGGCGAUAACGCAUAGACCUGAGCAGAAAAGACCUAAGGAUAACUUGAGACCAGAAGGACCAUUUGAAGGAAGACCAAGAGAUGAUUAUAAACCAACUUGGGGUGAAAGAGCUGACGUUAAGAGGCCAGAGGACAAUUUGAGACCAGAAGGACCAUUCGAGGGACGACCUAAAGAUGAUUACAGUCCAAAACGUGCGGACAGACCAGAAGUUAAACGUCCUGAAGAUAAUUUGAGACCAGAAGGUGUGUUUGAAGGAAGACCAAGAGAUGAUUAUAAACCAACUCGAGGUGAAAGAGCUGACGUUAAGAGGCCAGAGGACAAUUUGAGACCAGAAGGACCGUUCGAGGGUCGACCUAAAGAUGAUUACAGUCCAAAACGUGCGGACAGACCAGAAGUUAAACGUCCUGAAGAUAAUUUGAGACCAGAAGGUGUGUUUGAAGGAAGACCAAGAGAUGAUUAUAAACCAACUCGGGGUGAAAGAGCCGACGUUAAGCGACCAGAGGACAAUUUGAGACCAGAAGGACCGUUCGAGGGUCGACCUAAAGAUGAUUAUAGUCCAAAACGUGCGGACAGACCAGAAGUUAAACGUCCUGAAGAUAAUUUGAGACCAGAAGGUGUGUUUGAAGGAAGACCAAGAGAUGAUUAUAAACCAACUCGAGGUGAAAGAGCUGACGUUAAGAGGCCAGAGGACAAUUUGAGACCAGAAGGACCGUUCGAGGGUCGACCUAAAGAUGAUUACAGUCCAAAACGUGCGGACAGACCAGAAGUUAAACGUCCUGAAGAUAAUUUGAGACCAGAAGGUGUCUUUGAAGGAAGACCAAGAGAUGAUUAUAAACCAACUCGAGGUGAAAGAGCUGACGUUAAGAGGCCAGAGGACAAUUUGAGACCAGAAGGACCGUUCGAGGGUCGACCUAAAGAUGAUUACAGUCCAAAACGUGCGGACAGACCAGAAGUUAAACGUCCUGAAGAUAAUUUAAGACCGGAGGGUAUAUUCGAGGGAAGACCAAGAGAUGAUUAUAAACCAACUUGGGGUGAAAGAGCUGACGUUAAGCGACCAGAGGACAAUUUGAGACCAGAAGGACCAUUCGAGGGACGACCUAAAGAUGAUUACGGUCCAAAACGUGCGGACAGACCAGAAGUUAAACGUCCUGAAGAUAAUUUGAGACCAGAGGGUUUAUUUGAAGGAAGACCAAGAGAUGAUUAUAAACCAACUCGAGGUGAAAGAGCUGACGUUAAGCGACCAGAGGACAAUUUGAGACCAGAAGGACCGUUCGAGGGUCGACCUAAAGAUGAUUACAGUCCAAAACGUGCGGACAGACCAGAAGUUAAACGUCCUGAAGAUAAUUUAAGACCGGAGGGUAUAUUCGAGGGAAGACCUAGGGAUGAUUACAAACCAACUCGAGGAGAAAGAGCUGACGUUAAGCGACCAGAGGACAAUUUGAGACCAGAAGGACCGUUCGAAGGCCGACCUAAAGAUGAUUACAGUCCAAAACGUGCAGACAGACCAGAAGUUAAACGUCCUGAAGAUAAUUUGAGACCAGAAGGUUUGUUUGAAGGAAGACCAAGAGAUGAUUAUAAACCAACUCGAGGAGAAAGAGCUGACGUUAAACGGCCUGAAGAUAAUUUGCGACCAGAAGGACCAUUCGAAGGUCGUCCCAAAGAUGAUUAUUCCCCGAAACGUGCAGAAAGACCUCAUGUAAUACGUCCAGAAGACAAUUUAAGACCAGAAGGUCCAUUUGAAGGUCGUCCGAAAGAUGAUUACAUGCCAACAAGAGGAGAGAGAGCUGAUGUUAAACGACCAGAAGAUAAUUUGCGUCCUGAAGGUCCAUUUGAAGGUAGACCAAGAGAUGAUUACAAACCAACUCGUGGCGAAAGGGCCGAUGUUAAGCGACCUGAAGAUAAUUUGAGACCAGAAGGACCAUUCGAAGGUCGUCCCAAAGAUGAUUAUUCCCCGAAACGUGCAGAGAGGCCUCAUGUAAUACGUCCAGAAGACAAUUUAAGACCAGAAGGUCCAUUUGAAGGUCGUCCGAAAGAUGAUUACAUGCCAACAAGAGGAGAGAGAGCUGAUGUUAAACGACCAGAAGAUAACUUGCGACCAGAAGGGCCAUUUGAAGGUCGUCCCAAAGAUGACUAUUCACCAAAACGUGCGGAAAGACCAGACGUGAAACGUCCAGAAGAUAAUUUGAGACCAGAGGGUGUAUUCGAAGGGAAGCCUAGGGAUGAUUACAGACCAACUCGAGGUGAAAGGGCAGAUGUUAAGAGACCUGAGGAUAAUUUGAGACCAGAAGGACCAUUCGAAGGUCGUCCUAAGGAUGAUUAUUCCCCGAAACGUGCAGAAAGACCUCAUGUAAUACGUCCAGAAGACAAUUUAUAUCCAGAAGGACUAUUCGAGGGUCGUCCCAAAGAUGAUUACAUGCCUACCAGAGGUGAGAGAGCUGAUGUCAAACGUCCAGAGGAUAAUUUAAAACCGGAAGGUCCAUUCGAAGGUCGUCCCAAAGAUGACUAUUCACCAAAACGAGCAGAACGACCAGAAGUAAAGCGUCCGGAGGAUAAUCUCCGACCAGAAGGUGAUUUCGAUAGGCCAAUAAAAUCUCCAGUAGGGCCAGCUGAACGUCGUUCACCGAUCAAACACCCAGACAAUUUGAAAACUGAAGGUGACUUCAUUGGUAGACCUAAAGAUGAUUUUAGACCUACCAAAGGUGAACGUGCUGAUGUUAAGAAACCUCAAGAUCAUCUCAGACCUGAAGGUCCGUACGAAGGUCGUCCUAAAGAUGAUUAUUCACCUAAACGUGCAGAAAGACCUCAUGUAAUACGUCCAGAAGACAAUUUAUAUCCAGAAGGACUAUUCGAGGGUCGUCCCAAAGAUGAUUACAUGCCUACCAAAGGUGAGAGGGCUGAUGUCAGACGUCCAGAGGAUAAUUUAAGACCGGAAGGUCCAUUCGAAGGUCGUCCCAAAGAUGACUAUUCACCAAAACGAGCAGAACGACCAGAAGUAAAACGUCCGGAGGACAAUCUCCGACCAGAAGGUGAUUUCGAUAGACCAGAAAAAUCUCCAGUAGGGCCAGCUGAACGUCGUUCACCGAUCAAACAUCCAGACAAUCUCAAACCCGAAGGUGACUUCAUUGGUAGACCUAAGGAUGACUUUAAACCUACCAAAGGUGAACGCGCCGAUAUUAAGAAACCAGAAGAUCAUCUUAGACCUGAAGGUCCAUUCGAAGGUCGUCCUAAAGAUGAUUACGUUACAACUCGUGGUGAACGCAUGGAUAUUGUCAGACGUACUGAUAACCUGCGAAUGGAAGGUGAUAUCGAAACUUAUAGAUCACGUGACGAAUACACUGAUUUCAUCGUACGUGAACGUACCGAAGUUGUCAAGUAUCAGGAUAAUUUAAGAAUGGAAGGCAAAUUCACUGAUAUCAGAACCAGAGACGAUUUCAAAGUUGUCAAAGGUGAUCGAGCUGACAUCGUACGUCAUCCUGAUAACCUCAAAUCCGAAGGUCCCUUCGAAGGUUAUCCCAAGGAUGAUUAUUCGCCGAAAAAAGCUGAACGUCCGGAAAUAAAAAGACCGGAAGACAAUUUGAAACCGGAAGGAGAAUUUAUAGGCCGUCCAAAAGAAGAAACACCUAAACGUGGCGAAAGAGCUGAUGUCAAAAAACCCAAGGAUAACUUAUAUCCCGAAGGUGAUUUCGAGAGACCAGAAAAAAUCCCAAUGGGUCCUAGCGAAAGAAGAUCACCUAUCAAACAUCCAGAUAAUCUCAAACCUGAAGGUGAAUUUAUGUCAAGGCCUAAAGAAGAGGCACCGAAGAAAGGUGACAGAGCUGAAGUUAAAAGACCUAAAGACAAUCUGAGAUCUGAAGGUGAUUUUGAACGUCCUGAACAUGAAGAGUAUCAGCCAGCUGAAAGGCCAGAAAUUAAAAAACCCAAAGAUAAUCUCAAACCUGAAGGUGAAUUUGAUAGACCUCAGACAAAGAAGUUUGGACCCGCUGAAAAGAGGACUCCUAUCAAACAUCCGGAUAAUUUGAAGCCGGAAGGUGAAUUUUUAGGUAGACCUAAAGAAGAAGCACCAAAACGUGGUGAAAGAGUUGACGUUAAGAAACCAAAAGAUAACUUACAUCCAGAAGGUGAAUUCGAUAGACCUGUUAAGUCUCCGGCUAAACCUGCCGAGAAACGUUCACCUAUAAAACAUCCUGAUAAUCUCAAACCCGAAGGAGACUUCAUAGGUAGACCUAAAGAUGAUUUUAGACCUACCAAGGGUGAACGUGCCGAUGUUAAGAAACCCGAAGAUCAUCUCAAACCAGAAGGUCCAUUCGAGGGUCGUCCUAAAGAUGAUUACGUAACAACUCGUGGUGAACGCAUGGACGUUAUCAAACGUACUGAUAAUCUGCGAAUGGAAGGUGAUAUCGAGACUUAUAGAUCACGUGACGAAUAUACAGAUUUCAUCAUACGUGAACGUGCCGAAGUCGUCAAGUACCAGGACAAUUUAAGAAUGGAAGGUGAAUUCACUGAUAUUAGAACCAGAGAUGAUUUCAAAGUCGUCAGAGGUGAACGAGUAGAUAUCGUCAGGCACGAAGAUAAUCUCAAAUCUGAAGGUCUUUUCGAAGGUCGGCCCAAGGAUGAUUAUUCACCAAAGAAAGUGACCAGACCAGAAAUUAAAAAACCGGAAGAUAACUUGAAACCGGAAGGUGAAUUUGAGAGGCCUGAAAAAGCACCGGUUGGACCAGCAGAACGUAGAUCGCCUAUCAAACACGAUGACAAUCUGAAGCCUGAAGGUGAAUUUAUUGGUCGUCCAAAAGAACAGGUACCUAAGAAAGGUGAACGAGCUGACGUAAAGAAACCUAAAGACAAUCUAAAGCCGGAAGGAGACUUUGAAAGGCCAGAGAAAAAGCCUGUUGGCCCAGCUGAAAGAAGAACACCGAUAAAACACGCGGACAAUUUGAAGCCCGAAGGUGAGUUUGUUCAGAGACCUAAAGAAGUGACACCUGGCAAAGGUGAUCGAGCAGCUAUCAAGAAACCUAAAGACAAUUUGAAACCAGAAGGUGAAUUUGAUAGACCAGAGAAGACAACAGUUGGACCAGCUGAGAGAAGAACGCCUAUCAAACGUCCUGAUAAUCUUCAUCCAGAAGGUGAAUUUGUAGGUCGUCCGAAAGAGAAAACACCCGGGAAAGGUGAAAGAGCUGAUGUCACGAGACCUAAAGAUAAUCUUCGUCCCGAAGGAACAUUCGAGAGACCAGAGAAAAUCUCUGUUGGACCAGCUGAAAGACGAUCACCGAUCAAACACGAGGAUAAUCUUCAUCCCGAAGGUGAAUUUGUUGGUAGACCUAAAGAUGAUUUCACACCGAAACGUGCUGAACGUCCUGUCCAAAAGAAACCAAAGGACAAUCUCAAACCCGAAGGUGAAUUUGUUGGCAAACCAAAAGACGAUUACAAACCUGGCAAACCAGAAAAGACUGAGAUCGUAAUUCAUCGUGAUAAUUUGAAGAUGGAGGGUGAUAUUCACGUACAUAGAUCAAGAGACGAUUACACUACAACGUCCAGAAUUGAACGGACAGAUGUCAUUCGUAGAGAAGAUAAUCUCAAAGUGGAAGGUGAAUUUGUUGAUAUUCGAAGACGUGACGAUUACAAAGUAACGCGUGGCGAACGAAGCGAAAUAAUCAGACACGAAGACAAUCUUCGUCCAGAAGGUGACUUCGAACGUCCCGAAAAGAAACCAGUAGGUCCAGCAGAGAGAAGGACACCGAUCAAACACCCGGACAACUUGAAACCUGAAGGUGAUUUUGUUCAAAGACCGAAAGAGUCAACGCCUGGCAAAGGUGACAGAGCGAUUAUCAAGAAGCCCAAAGAUAAUCUGAAACCGGAAGGUGAGUUUGAUAGACCCGAGAAGACAAUAGUUGGGCCUGCCGAACGAAGGACACCGAUCAAGCACCCUGAUAAUCUUCAUCCAGAAGGUGAUUUCAUCGGUAGACCUAAAAAAGAGAUACCAGGUCGUGGCGAUCGAGCUGAUGUUAAGAAACCAAAGGACAAUCUUCGUCCAGAAGGUGAAUUUACUAAACGUUCGCCGAAGAAAGUCGAACCAGCUGAGAAACGUGAUCCGAUUCGACACGAAGACAAUUUGCACGUCGAAGGAGAGUUUUAUAUCGUCCCGAAGGAUGAUUAUAGUCCUCAGAAAGCUGAACGUUCACCGAUCAAAAAGCCACAGGAUAAUCUUAAACCUGAAGGUGAAAUGCAGAUAAUGCCAACUUCGAAAGAAGAUUACAAGUAUACAAAUGGUGAAAGAGUGGAAGUACGUCGUCACGAAGAUCAUUUACGUAUGGAAGGCGAUAUAGAUGUCCGACGAUCUAGAGACGAUUACAAAAAGAUCACCAAGGUCGAACGAGUAGAUAUAAGGAAAAGAGAGGAUCAUUUAAGAAUGGAAGGUGAAUUUAUAGACGUUCGAAGAAAGGACGAUUACACCUACGUUGCUGGCGACCGAGUGUCUGUUAAAAGACAGUUGGAUAAUUUACGUCCCGAAGGGGACUUCGAUAGACCCCAGAAGAGUCAGUUGGGUCCAGCCGAACGAAGAUCACCUAUCAAACACCCUGACAAUCUGAAACCAGAAGGUGACUUCGAACGUAGGAUACCGGAAAAGAUAAAACCGGGUGAGAGACGUUCGCCCAUUCGUCAUGUAGAUAAUCUGAAGACGGAAGGUGAUUUUAUAGGUCGUCCACGUGAUGAUUACACAGUGAAACGUGGUGAGAGAAGCGAGGUUAUCAAGAGAGAAGAUAAUUUGAAGCUGUCAGGUGAUUUCCAGGGUACCACCAUGCAAAAAUCGACUUAUACCGCGGUACGUGGCGAACGAGCUGAAGUCAAACGUCAUGAAGAUAAUCUCAAGGUCAGUACUGAUAGUAUGGAGACAAAGACAACCAGCAAGGACACGUUCACACCUAUAAAGAAGGAUUUGUCAGCUGGUGAUAAACAAAUAAGUCGAAGACGUCACAUGGAAUCGUCGAUCAAUUUAGGUGAUGACACUAGCGUCAUGACAACGACCAAUCAGAGGAAUUACAACACUUAUACCAAACGGACUGGUAAAGAAGUUGCCGCACAGAUCAGCAAUCUCGAGUCGGAUACCAGAAGGAGUAUUUCCGAAGUGAAAAGGACUACGACUUCAGCGCAAUCGGAUCAACGUGUCUCUUCGGCUCAUACUGUACAUCAACAGACUAUUAUCGACCGUCGCAACGUCCAAGCAAUCAACAACGAACAACAUCAUCAUCAACAUCAUCUUCUUCAUCAACAGCAACAACAACAACACUUGAACGAACAUCAACAGAGAAUCUAUUCCAGCGAACAACACUCUAGAUCACAAAAUCGCCGUACGUUAGAAGAUAAAUCUGUAGAUCAUCAAUCUCGUCAAGGCCAGCUCGUAAAGGACAACAAACAGAUUCAAGAUACACACAGACAGCUUCAGGAGAGCAGUAAACGCGACUAUGUAAAUUCCAUGCAUAUGGAGAAACGUCAGACAAGUGCCAGUAGACAUUCCAAACAACAUUACGAUCAACAUACCAUAUCUAGCCAAGCGAGAUACAACGGUAACCAAGCUAAUAGCACGGAAUUCAAACAAGCAAUAUCUGGAUCCUCGAUCGUGAACGAUGGAUCCCAAGAACAGUCGGCCUAUACAAAGACGUCUCAUCACAGAAAAAAUAUCAUUUCGUCGUCGUCGGCCGAUGUAACCAAUUCCGUUCUUCAUCGUCGCAGUGGCAUGACGACGUCUACUGAAGCAUUACAUACGAUAUCCUCUACGGCAGCUGAUCAGAAAAAGAGUCUCUCCAAUCUCGCUGAAAGUGGACAAUACAUAAGCAAUUCGAGUCAGAGCAGCGACAGACGUAGCUUGACCUCGUUACACCGUAAUAACAAGGAAGCCAAUCUUUGGGCAUCCUCGACUUACGAAAGACCACAGCGAAUCAUCAGGCAGGACAAUUUGACCGUCGGUGGCAAAUUUUAUUCCCAUAGCGAGGCCAAAACUUAUGGGAAUUUUGUCAAUACUCAAAAAAUCGAAAGAGUACAAAAGCAAUCGAACGUAUCGCACAUUAAAUUGGGCGACGGCAAUGUUGUGACGUCCAGCAUGUAUAAAAAGGAAUACGCACCUAAACACAAAGGUCCAUGUCCAGCAUCCCUGAUCGAAUCGAAACAAACCCCCUUCAAACAUACCAGGGACACUCCCAAACAUAAAUUUUACAUGCCACUUGUUUCGAAUUAAAUUAUUGGAUCGGAUCUUUUUCGAAUUUUCAUUCUUUCUCUUUUUUUUUUUUUUUUGUUUUCUUUUUUUUUCUCCGUCAAAUUUUUCUUUCUUCUUUUUUAUUAAAUUUAAGAUACGAUACAUGCAUAUAUAUAUAUAUGUAUGUAUUAUGUAUGUAUGUGUGUAUCCGCGCGUUUGUGUGUGUGUACGUGCGUGUAUGUGUGUUGGGGAAAGGGAUGGGAGUUGUAAGGAAAAUCUUUUCCAAUGAAAUUGAUCAACGAAAUUUUUUGUGAAAUCUAUUCGAGCGAGCUCUCGAGUUAUUCCAUGACAUAUUUGUUAAUGGAUUGUUUAACGAUCCUAUAAAAAAGGAGAUGGGAUUAUGCAAAGGAGAGAGAGAGAGAGAGAGAGAGAACAAUAUAUUGUGAUAAAUUUUUGCUGUUACAUUUUCUAUGUUAUACAUAACAUAUUUAUUAUUAUUCGAGUGAGACGAUGUGUAGGAGUAAAGAAAAAAGAAAAAAGAGAGAGAGAGAGAGAUUCGAAAAAUUUACGAGAUUAUUUGAUUGAUUAAUCAAAGUUGUCCAUUUGGUUGAGCUGAUGAGGAAAAUAGAGAAAGAUAUGCAUACAUAUAUUAUAGACAUAUAUGAUGACGUUUAGUUUCAUAGUUAAACCAACGUGUAUUACGAAGCAAUAAUUAGAGCUUAAUCAAUAACCCGUGAUAAGGUUCGAUUCUAACGUGAAGUUAGAUCUCGUCCGAUAAAUACAUAGAUUAGUCUAAUAUGGACGUGUACGUAUGUGUACUACGUUUAUUAAUUUCCUUUUUUUAUUUCUUUUUUUUUACACACACACACACACACACACACACACACAUACACACAUAUAUAUAUAUAAUAUAUGUAUAUAUACACCGUCCAUUUUAUAUAUAUAUUUUUUUUCUAUUUUAUAUAAAUAUAUAAUACACGUGUAUUCUACUUUUUUUUGAAUCCUAAUUUUUUUGUUUCUUAUUUGUUUCGUUUAUUCGACGAUCACAAAUUAUUAUUUUUUUAAUUAUACAUAUGUUAUUAAUAUUCAUGCAUACGAUCCUCUUUUUUUCUUUUUCUUUUUCUUUUUCUUUUUCUUUUUCUUUUCCUUUUUCUUAUCCCUUUUCUUUUCCCCCCAUUUAUUUUUUUAAUAUUAUACAACUAAAUGUCUUUUCUUUUUUUUCUCUUUCGUUUAUUUGUUAAUGAAAUUAUUUGUUUGAAUUAUAUAUUAUUAUAUGUAUCCGCA